CACCACCAGCAACACCAUCGCCACCAUUACAACAAAGACCAUCAUCGUAACAGCAAACCCAAUGUUUUGCCCUAACCAUCAUCGUAGCAGCAAACCCAAUUUUUUGCCCUAACCAUCAUCGUAACCGCUACUCUUCUCAACUCUCCAUGUGAUUUUUCUUUCCCAUCGAUUUCACCCUUCUCUUCUGUUUGUUUUUCUUCAAUUGCAUGCCAUAAAUUGAUAUAUCCAUCUUUUCUUGGUAGAAGUAUGAGAAUUUUCAGUAACUCGAAUCGUUGCUGCUUUUUGUUGAUGAAUAAAUCGGAUUAGAAGAAUUCAGUAACUCGUUGAGAAUUUUACGCCCACAAAUUGUUUGAAGAAAGUCCCGAAUGAGAAUUUCAGGAGCAGUUUUGGUUGAACUUGCAAAAGACCCCAAGCUUGUGUACCAUUGUGGACUCAGUCCAGUGAAGUUACCUGAACUUGUGGAACACAAUCCCUUGAUUGUUGUUGAGAUUCUGAUUAAGCUGAUUCAUUCUACUGAAAUUGGCCAGUUCAAAACAUGUCUGAUGCUGAGUGAUCCAAUCCAAAUACUUACUCCUAUGCAUACAUCUAUUAUAAGCAUCAUCAUUUUGCCUUCCUUCUGGAAACCAGGCUAUGUAAUGCUGGUAUUAAUUGAUAGUCCCGACAGUUCCUUCAUAAAUGCCUUUCUACAUGGAUCAGAGAGUGCACCAGCUCAUUGUAUACUGAUGUCUACUUUCCGAAUGAUUCAUACACAGGUUUUGAAUGAUAGGAACAAGAGUUGCUAUUGGUUCAGAUUUGCAAGCUUGUGA